ACACAUUAAUAGGGAGAGAGUGGGCUUGCAACCACCUGCUACUCGCGCAGUCAAGCAAUGAGGAAUCUACAGAUAUCAAUGCCGCAAUUCAGCUUGCUUCCAGCCUCACCUUCAAUUUGCAGAGUUCUCUCUUUCUCUUGCCCCUUUCUAUAUCUUUAAUGGCUGACAUUUUUGUUGAUAGGCUCGAAGAGCUUAGGAGAAGAAAUAUGGAAAUAGAAGAGGAUGAGAAAGAGAAUGAGUAUGAGGAAGAUGUGGUGCUUCUUGAGGCUUCUGAAUUGAAUAGAAAAGUGGAUGAGAUUGAGCUGAAGUUGAAUGAAGUUCGUAGUCUUCAAUAUGAAAUUUCCACAAGUCCAUUAAGUCAAAAUGGAGCUUUGAAAGAGAGGUAUGCAAAGCUUCUGGCAGAGAUUAACCAGCAGUCACAAACUGUUCAGAAAGGAUUAAAGCGCUUUCAGGAUGACAUUAAACGUGAUGAACUGGGCCCUAUAAGAAACUCAGCUGAACUAAGAAUAAAGAAAAGUCAUUAUUCUGCCUUGAGCCGUAAACUAAAGAAUAUCAUGUCAGUCUAUACUCGGCUGGGGGAACAGUACAAAGAGCAAUGCAAAGAUGUGAUAAAAAAACAAAUGCGAAUAGUUGAUCCUACAGCUAAUCUAUCUGAUGGAAAAAUUGAAGAAAUGUUGGAGUCAAAUGAAGUAUCUGUAUUUCAUGAAAGUAUAUUAAUUCAACCAUCUCUGAAGAAACAAGUUCUUGAUGAAGUAGAGGCUCGAAGAACAGAAAUACGUAAACUGGAGCAAAAUUUAAAAGAACUUUAUGACAUGUUCUAUGACUUCAUGCUUCUGAAUGAGCCUCAAGGAGAUCUUGCUGAUAAUAUUGAAUAUAAUGUUGAUAACGCAGCAGCCUAUGUGGAACCUGGUACACAAACAACAGUUACUUCAGCUAGAAUGAUGCAAAACGAGAACACAAGGCUGCGCUGGGUUAUCUGCUGUGUAGUGCUGUAGCCAUCAUAGCAGUUGUAGCUGUUUGUCUUCUGAGGGGUAAUAACACUGACAUUACUGUACAGAAUCCGGUUAACAGAGAACUCUCAGAACUAUCACAAAGCUUCAUAUAAUUUUUGCUGCAACAUACAAUAAUGUACAAUAUAUUGCAUCACUUCCAUUGCUUUUAACAAA